UGAACCUUGCCCUGGAGGCUAUCACAGUGCGACCGCAACACUGUCCUAGGCCACACCAUGGCCGGCCCGCUGUGCCUCCUCCUGCUCAGUGCCUCCCUGGCCAGCCUCCUGUCACCCGGGGGAAGUGUGUUCAUCAAACGGGAACAUGCCAACAGCAUCCUGGACAGGGUCCGGAGGGCAAAUUCAUUAUUUGAAGAGAUGAAGAAAGGAAACCUUGAAAGAGAGUGUUGGGAAGAGACUUGCUCCUACGAAGAGGCCCGAGAAGUCUUUGAGGACACGGAGAAGACGAAUGAAUUCUGGAAUAUAUACAAAGAUGGUGACCAGUGUGAAAGCAAUCCCUGCCUGAAUCAGGGCAGGUGUAAGGACGGCCUUGGGGAAUACACCUGCACUUGUCAGGAAGGAUAUGAAGGCAGAAACUGUGAAUUACCCAUGCGAAAAUUCUGCAGCCUGGACAACGGGGACUGUGACCAGUUCUGCAGAGAGGAGCAGAACUCCGUGGUAUGUUCCUGUGCCAGUGGGUACAUCCUGGAUGACAAUGGCAAGUCCUGCAUCUCCACAGAGCCUUAUCCCUGUGGGAAACUCACUCUGGCACGCAGGAGGAGGUCGGAGUCCCUGACUGCCGACAGCAGCAAGGAUCCACCCGAAGACGGUGAAGACCUGGAUCCCACCACGAACCCAUUCGAUGGAGACCUGGAUCCAACCACAAACCCUUUCAAUGGAGACCUGGAUCCAACUACAAACCCUUUUGAUCUGCCGGGCUUGAAUAACACACAGCCGAGCUCUGCAGAGGAGGAGAACUCACUUGUCAGGAUAGUGGGAGGGCGGGACUGCAAAGAUGGCGAGUGUCCCUGGCAGGCUCAUCUCAUCAAGGAGAACAAUGAAGGCUUCUGUGGAGGCACCAUCCUGAAUGAGUUCUACAUCCUCACUGCCGCUCACUGUCUUAACCAAGAAAAGCGAUUCAAGGUGAGGGUAGGCGAUCGAAACACAGAGAAGGAGGACGGCAAUGAGAUGGUGCACGAGGUGGAGGUGAUUAUAAAACACAACAAGUUUGACAAUAAGACCUUUAACUGUGACAUCGCUGUCCUCAAACUGAAGACGCCCAUCAAAUUCCGCAUGAACGUGGCCCCUGCUUGCCUGCCAGAGAAGGACUGGGCCGAGUCCACGCUCAUGACUCAGAAAUCGGGCAUCGUGAGCGGCUUCGGGCGCAUCCACGAGAUGGGCCGCACGUCCGUCACCCUCAAGAUGCUGGAGGUGCCCUACGUGGACAGGAACACAUGCAAGCUGUCCACCGGCUUCAGCAUCACCCCAAACAUGUUCUGCGCCGGCUAUGACUCAAAGCUCGAGGAUGCCUGUCAGGGGGACAGCGGGGGUCCCCAUGUCACCCGGUUCAAGGACACCUACUUUAUCACGGGCAUCAUCAGCUGGGGAGAAGGAUGUGCACGGAAAGGAAAGUUCGGGAUCUACACCAAAGUCACCAACUUCCUCAAGUGGAUCGAGAGGUCCAUGAAAAAAACCAAGACCAGGCCCCAGGGUGAGCCGGAGGUCACUGCCACUCCCCUGUCAUUAGAUUAAUGCCCCCCCCAAAGCCCCUGGCAGUCCUUGGUGUCUCAUUGUGUCUUAACACGUGCCACUCUGAACAGGCUGAAUCCUGGAAUAAGUUUCCUCUCUGCUGCGAUUGUGUUGGUUCCUCAGCCUGACCUUGCCCUUGCUCGAGUGAGGUGGGAAGUGAAAUUGUCAUUCGGAACACUGGGCCUGCCUUUCCCUAGCCUGGUUGGAAGCUUCCUCCUGGAAAUGUUAUGCUUUACAGAACAGCGGUUCACACUCUCCCGAUGACACUUCCACUCAAAACCGUGGGGGGCCCUUUCCAUUCAUAGCACGUUUUUUCUGUUUCUGAUUGUCCUAAACUACCCUCUGGGCAGGCCACACUCGGGACCCUUGAGAAUAAAUGACCAAGGUUCUGGGAGCAGAGACAAGGCCCAGCAAGGGUGGCCGCACCCCAGGGUCAGGGUGGGUUCUCCCCCAGGUCCAGCGUAGCCUCCCAGGCCUGUGGUUCACCUGGGACAGAGACAAGGGUGGGAGUGUGUCCCCCAGGGGCUUCCUGUGAAAGGCAGACUCCCUGGGAAGGGGAGGCCCAGAGACCUGCUCACUGGCGGGGCAUUUUAACAUUGACUUAACCACUGGCUCUUCUUUCUGGCUUCAUGCUAGAAUCACCUGGGGUACUUAUAUUUUGUUUUUGUGUGUGUUUUUAAUCCUCACCUGAGGAUGUUUGUUUUUUAUUGAUUUUUAGAGAGAGACAAAGGUGCACCUGGGGCCCUUUAAAAAUGUGCCCAUUCCUGUGCCCACCUUGCUGUAGUUGCCUGAGCAACUUACAUGUCCACUAGGUACUAACUGCCCCAGAUUAGGGGACUCUGCAGUCCUUCAUGUAGGCCAGAGCCCAGAGCACUUGAAUCAGAGUCUGUGGGGUGAGCUCGAGCCCUAAGUUUCUACAAUUCCUCAGGUGACUCCCAUGUGUGUGUUGUAUGGUGUAUGGUGGUCGGGGCUGCGGGAGGGCUCCCCUCUCUUCGACCGCAUCAUGUUUAAAUGCCAAGUCCUUUCCCGUCCAAGUCCUGACCCUCAACUUAGAUGGUCAUGAAAGUCAAACAUGCUUUUAGAAAAUGGAAAAGGUCACCUGGGACCAGACCAGUGUGUUCCCAAUGUCCCUCUGGAGUUUGCGUUUUGCGUAACUUUGCUAAGCAAACUUUCAAAGUCCCACUACAAAAACAUCCCAAAAUGUCAGCAGCUUUGUGUGUGUAAACAGGAGAUACUGCAAGGUUAGAGUUCACUGUAAACAAGAGACUUGCAAGCGUAGAAAAGUCAAUGUGGACAAGUCCACCGUUUCCCAGAAACCGUCUGAGAGCGGGAAAAGCCAAGUGAGGGUGGCGCUUCUCCUCCUGACUCCUCCUCGGAGUGAGCCUCCCCCAGAGGGCUCCCCAGGCCCCUCCUGGAGUCAAGGCCUCCAUGGCAGGAGACCACCGCGAGGUCAGGGUGAGGGUUUUCCAUGCAGCCAACUGGUCUCCGUCCCAAGGCUCACCCCAGACCUGGGUUCCUGUUUCUGGAGAUGAAAGGUUGUUUGGGGUCCAGAGGGAACUCCAGGGGAAAUUCACAAAUAAAGCCUACCUUUGCUGUUA